GUUCACUUCCCUCAAUUCAAUCAACACUCCCUCACACACACACUUUCUCCCUCUCCCUGGGUUGAAAAUGUCAUCCUCUUUGCAUUCUCCGCUAUACUCUUCUCUCUCCUCUUCCUCAGCUCUUCAGGAAAAAAAGCUGAGAAAUGCAGUUAAUUUGGCGAAAUCAACUCUGACUUUCAAGCCUCGUCGAAACAUUCCGCUCAUCCGAGCUUCCACUGGCUUCUCCUCGUCUCUCGAUACCGGUUUGAGUACUGAGUUGGAUGCUGUAACAAGUCAUAGCGAGAUCGUUCCAGAUACUGUCAUUUUCGAUGAUUUCGAGAAAUUUCCACCUACUGCUGCUACUGUAAGCUCUUCUCUGCUCUUAGGUAUAUGCGGUCUUCCUGACACCAAAUUUAAGAGUGCUGUAGACAGAGCUUUAGCAGAUUCUGAGUGUUAUGGAUUGGAGAAUUCUGAUCUUCAGAUGUCUUGUUUCUUCAACAAGGCUUUAGCACACGUUGGUGGUGAUCUAGCAAAGCUGGUGCCUGGUCGAGUUUCUACUGAAGUGGAUGCUCGCCUCGCAUAUGACACACAUGGCAUUGUGCGAAAGGUGCAUGACCUUUUGAAAGCCUACAACGAAAUUGAAGUGCCUCCUGAGCGAUUGCUGUUCAAAAUUCCUGCAACUUGGCAAGGAAUUGAGGCAUCAAGGGUGCUGGAAGCUGAGGGCAUACAGACUCAUUUGACUUUUGUUUACAGCUUUUGUCAAGCUGCUGCUGCAGCUCAAGCUGGUGCUUCCGUCAUUCAGAUUUUUGUUGGUCGCCUAAGGGAUUGGUCUCGCAAUCACACUGGUGACUCUGAAAUUGAAAGUGCUCUUAAAAGAGGAGAAGAUCCUGGGUUGGCUUUGGUAACAAAAGCUUAUAACUACAUCCACAAGUAUGGUCACAAAUCAAAGCUGAUGGCUGCAGCAGUGCGGAACAAGCAGGAUGUCUUCAACCUUUUGGGGGUGGAUUACAUUAUCACCCCACUGAAGGUAUUGCAAUCUCUUAAAGAAUCCGUGACCCCACCUGAUGAGAAGUACUCAUUUAUAAGAAGGUUAUCCCCACAAUCAGCUGCUGCCUUCAACUUCACCCAAGACGAGCUUCAAAAAUGGGAUCAGUAUAGCUUUUCCUCGGCUAUGGGUCCUGCAGCGGUGGAGCUCCUCACUAUUGGAAUGGAUGGCUAUACUAAUCAGGCUAAGCGGGUUGAGGAAUUCUUUGGCAAGAUAUGGCCACCACCAAAUGUAUGAAAACGCGACAUGCAACUGCAGGAUGUUCUUUUUUCGUGAAAUGAUAUCUCAGAUUUUCUUAGUCUGUAACCAACCUCGCAUUACGGCUUGCAGUCUAUUGGUAUCGACGAGAAUCUCACAUAUGUGUGUGUCUACUUCUCGCUGUCCCACUUCCCGCAUCUUCACUGAUUCCCGUAUGUAAUAAAAAUAAAUUUAAGAAAACCCUUCUAGCUUUCGGGAUUUCCCUUUUCGCUUCCAAUACUGUGUCAACCCUUCUUGACGUUGUUCUGUUUAGCGAUUAUGAGAAAUUUUUUGGUAUA